UGGUAGCCAAACUGUGCUUGGAUCAUGAAUAGGUUCCUAGUUUACCUCUUUGCUGUCAUCAUUCAAGCCGCAUACGGACAAGUGAAAGUUUCCCAGAUCAUUCCAAGCUAUGGAAGUGUUAACGGAGCGGUCAGAAUUACAAUUAAAGGACAGGGCUUUGCCGAGGCAAACCAGUUUAAUUAUGGAGAUGGAAGUGACAAUUUAGGAAAUAGCGUCCUGCUGGUAUCAGCCGUGUCAUCAAUACCCUGUGACGUGGAGAAAGACGCGAGUCAUGCGACCCAGAUCACCUGCUACACCAGACCAAUGCCAGAAGGCAGUUAUGUUGUAAGGGUGAGUGUGGAUGGAUAUCCAGUAGAAGACACUAACACCUGCGGGGGCAAGUUGCAAGACUACAACAACUGUGUAUUUCAGGCAUUCCUUUACAUUACCCCAGUAAUAUCUAGUAUAUCGCCAUUAACCGGAACACCAGGCUCCAUGGUAACAAUCAGAGGCAGAAUCUUCACUGAUGUGUACGGGAGUAACACGGCCCUGAGUAGCAACGGCAGGGAUGUUCGCAUAUUAAGAGUUUACGCUGGUGGAAUGCCUUGUGAACUACUCAUGCCUAAUUCAGACACGUUAUAUGGACUGCAGCUUGAUGGAAUUGGUAGUGAUUAUGGGUCAAUGAUUUGCAAGCUUACGGGAACAUAUGUUGGGCAACACAAUGUCAGCUUUAUUCUGGACAGCAACUAUGGAAGGAGUUUUCCAACAAUAUCCAAUUAUUUUGUGUCUUCUGUCAAUAAGAUUUCUAUGUUCCAAACCUAUGCAGAGAUUACUGGCAUAUUUCCGUCCAGUGGAAGCGUAGAAGGGGGCACGCUUAUUACAAUCGAUGGACGCUUCUUUGAUCAGACAGAUUCUCCAGCCAAGGUCCUUGUAGGAGGUCAGGACUGCGUUAUUAUUGAACUAACGGAUACAAGAAUAACAUGCAGAGCUCCGAGAAAGCCCCUCAUUCUCCCUGCUCUGUACCCUGGUGGCAGGGGGCUGAAGUUAGAAAGAUGGAUCAACUCACAAUCUUUGGACUUGGCCAUAACAUUUAACGAAAGCACUACUGGGUAUGUGGGAGCGAGCUGGGUGGACAGCGCCUCAAAAACAUGGCCAGAUGAGAACUCCAGAUUUAUUGCUCGAUUCAGCGGCUUCUUGGUGGCACCAGAGACAGACUACUACAAUUUCUACAUCAAGGGAUAUGAUAGCUACGCUCUGUAUUUUAGUGAAUCUGGAAACCCCGCAGAUAAGGUAAAAGUUGCAUAUGGCCAAUACUCAUCUCCUUCUUAUUAUAACUAUGGAAGUCAAAAGUCAGAACAGUUCCAGCUUCAAGAAGGAAAGCCCUAUUAUAUUGAGUUUUACAUCCUGAAAAUGAAUUCAGUGGCAACAGUAGAUGUCGGCCUGUACAAAAAAGGCAGCUCCUAUAUCGAACAACAGACAAGAGAUGCGGUUAAUGAAAUACAGAAUAUACAAUCACAAACAACUCAAUUACAGGAAAAGCAAAUUAUUACUUUACAAAACUGGAACAAGUCAACAUCUGUAGGGGAAGUGCAAACAAUCAGAGUUACAAAGUACUGCGAAUUGGCUUGUUCAGCCCUAAACUUCAAAUUAAUCUAUGACAGCGAGGCGACAGAUUAUUUGUCCGCUGAUGCCACCGCUAGUGAAGUUCAGUCUGCUUUGAAUAGUCUGUGGUCUCUUAAACCUGACAGCGUCCAAGUAACAAUGGAAACGGCUGGUCAAAGCAAUGUCUAUCGUGUGACGUUCAAUUCACAAAGAGGGGAUUUCAAGCUUCUUUCAUUUGAAAUCCUUGAAGGAAGCAACAUGACAGUGGAUAUUGUAGAGACUACUCCGGGGACACCAGACAUGAAUUCAUUUACCUUAGUGUGGGAUGGCAUUUACUCCAAGCCUUUGCCUCUAAAUGCAUCCUCUGGGGAGGUUCAAGAGGCAAUAUUGGAUUUGGUUAGCUCUCAGUGUCCUGACGCAAUUAAUAAUCGAACAGAAGGAACUGCAGUCAAAUUCUUCAGGAAUUAUGAAACAGAUUUCACACCGGUGGAUCAUUCCCGUGGAAUUUUGACAUCUGAUACAGAAGCCUUCUGUGGGCGUUAUUCUUUAAAGAAUCCAGAAAUGUUGUUUCAUUUUGCAGAUCUUAAACCUCCGACCACAUCUCAAGAGUCCUAUGGUUCUAUUUCACUGACUAUACACAGCAAGCUGUGUUUUGCAUAUAAAGGAUACUUGUCAAACUUCAUCGGUAUCAAUUUUCAAUAUGAAGACUCCACUGGUACCAGCACAGUGAGCGGCCAGUUCGGUUAUAACUUUGCUCAGGAAGAGAGUUGGACAUACACCUGUAUAGACAUGCUGAGUCUUAUAAGAUCGAAAUACUCAGGCAAAAACUUUCUUGUUAAUUGGAUUAGUUUACAGCCCUCGCAAAACUUAUACAUUGAUGACCUGUACAUUGGACAGAUUGAAACAACUAAUAAUCUAAAUGUUGUAAGAAGACGUCCAGCUUUAGCCAACAAAGGAAUAUUCAUUAACAGCGUUAGCGUGACAAGUGGCCCAACAGAUCAAUAUACCGUUACGAUUGACCCAUUUAACUGUGGAUUCAAUCUACCACUAUUUUCAGUCGGCUUUGCAGCGAACACUGAAAAUAACACUGAAAAUGCAGCAACUUACAGAGCACCUUCAUGGCCUCAAAAUGCAGUCAUUCAAAUAAAUAGGACGCAGGCGGCCUCACCACCCAUAGGAGGAACGUUCAGUGUCCAAGCAUAUGGAAAGGAAAUCAAAGGACUAAAGGCUGACAUUUCACGGACAGGUUUGCAAUACGCAUUGCAGACCAUCCCAGAGCUGGGUCAGGUAUCUGUCUCCUCAAGGACCGGAGGAUGCUCUGGAUACACAUGGCAAAUCAAGUUCUUAACAGCUUCUGGCUACCAACCCCUCUUACAGAUAAAUGACUCUACGGUUACGGGUGUAAAUGCAAAUAUAUCAGCUGUAAAAGUGAGAGAUGGUGGCUUAUUCCGUCAACAACUCAUUGGAGAUAUUUUGAGAACUCCACAUGAGCAGCCACAGGUUGAGGUCUACAUCAAUGGGAUACCAUCCAGGUGUUCUGGGAAUUGUGGAUUUAAAUGGGUAGCUGAGCAAACUCCAGCAAUCGAAAGCAUUAAUGUUACUGCAGGGUUGAAUGAGGACGAGCAGGUGUUAAUAAUAAAUGGUAAAGGAUUCUCAGAGAGCUCAGUGAACGAUACAACCUAUGUAAAAAUCGGUGAAGUGAACUGUCCUAUUAUCAAUGUGACUGCUAAUGAAAUCAGAUGCCUCAUACAAAAAUCAAGUGCGGGAACAUUUCCGAUCAGAGUAUACGUCGCGGGAGCUGGAUUUGCAACACCCUCCGAGGGAAUCUUUACCUUCACGCAUGAAAUCACCAUCACUUCCGUUUCACCAUCUGCAGGAAGUCUUGCAGGGGGUACUUUGGUAACUAUAGGUGGAAGCGGUUUUAGCACCGACUCGGUCGUACAGUUUGGAGGCGCUGGCUGUGAUGUAGAAUUUGCUAAUCUGACUUUUAUUCACUGCAGAACCCAAACAGGAUCAGAAGGAUCUGUGGACAUUGUUGUUUUUACCAAUGGAAUGAACAGAACCUUAGAACAGUCUUUUCUUUACAGCUCUUCGUAUACACCAGUCAUCACGGAAAUUAGCCCAAACAGCGUUAAUGUUUUGGGAAACACAAGUUUGAUUAUCUCUGGAUUUAACUUCAGCAGCCAGUCGACAGAAAGUGCAGUUUUUAUUGGAAAGGAACUUUGUAAAAUACUUGAGUGGAACCCAACAAAUAUCACGUGCAUCUUACCUUCACAUCUACCUGGAACGUACACUGUCUUGGUACACGUGGCAGAUUGGGGCUUUGCAUUAAGUGAAGGGAAUACAUCCAUUGAGUAUAUUCUACAAGUGAACAGCAUCUUUCCGCAGUACGGAUCUCUUUACGGCGGGACUGAGAUCACAUUAAAAGGGUCUGGAUUUCAUUCGGUCCCUGAAAAUAAUGAAGUUCGAAUAGGUUCUGUUCCAUGCAAUGUUACGUCCAGUUCAGAAAGUGAACUAACAUGCGUUAUUCAAAGGCCUGGAAAAAUAUACACCGUGACUAAUAAUGGAAAACAUUCAGUGUAUGGAGUUGGAUAUGCUUGGACACCGGCGAGAUUGGAUAUAUUUCCUGGGGAUACGGUGGUGUGGACCUGGGGGGCGCAGUCCUCUUUUAUGAACAUUGGAUACAGAGUAUUCUCUGUUUCUGAUCCGGCAAAUGUCACUUAUGAUGGUGAAGGAUUUAUCAGUGGAAAGAACAAGCUUUCAUCAGGUGUCUUCUCAUACCAGUUCACGGCUCCCGGAGUCUAUUACUACAGCAGUGGUUACGUCGACAAUAGCGCAAGCAUUUUCUUACAAGGCGUGAUCUACGUGUCCCCGGCUGAGGAUAAUUAUGGUGCGCUUCACUUAUCUGUUAGCGGAAUAGAAGCCAAGUACCUUCCAGCUCCUGACUCAUUCUAUCCAUUACCAAACUGUACGUCACCGGACCCCGACUGUCCUCGGCUUUCUAACGUUUCCCUGAGUAACAGUUCGAUUUGGUUUGGGUUUUCAAAGUGCUACUCUCCAUCUAUAACCAGCAUAACCCCAUCUUCUGGAACAGUAUAUGACUUAAUAACCAUCAAUGGAACUGGCUUCAGUGAUACCCCAUGUGCUAUUCAGGUCUCCAUUGGAAAAUACCCUUGUAGGGUUACUUAUUCUGAUAAAAAUUCAAUCACGUGUCAACUCGAUCCACAGAACGCCAUGUCUGUUGGUGUUGCAGAAAUCGUUUCAGUAACGGUCAACAACUACGGAAACGCCAUCAACACAAUAAGCAACGAAAUGGGCCGACGCUUUGUCCUUUUGCCUCAUAUAGACUCUGUCCAACCCAGAAAUGGAUCUAAUACAGGAUACACCCGUUUAACCAUACACGGCACAGGGCUUUCAGACAGCAGUAACAGCACCCGCAUUGAAGGGCUUGGCUGUUCUAUCGUAUCUGUAAAUUACACCGAUAUUUUAUGUGACACAGAACCAGGUUACUUACAGGACAUAGAAGUAAAAGUUGAUGUACGUGGGAUCCCUACUCAAUGCAAAGGCUCCUGUUUCUUCUCCUACACCAAUGAAGCCACCCCGGUCAUUAACAACGUGAGCCCCACUGUCGUGCGGAACAUUACUACUACAUUUUAUAUAAAUGGAACUGGCUUUGGCACAGAUGCUGGUGACGUUUUGGUUUACGUAGGAGACGUCCAGUUGGAGAUAGUAGAUGUUAAUGACACAGCUAUUGUCUGCCUUAUCGAGCCUCUUCCAGUUGGCAACUAUUCUGUAAAAGUUAUAGUUCUAAGUAAAGGUUUGGCAUCCGGAGGUUUCAGUGUGAAUAGUCCUGCCGAGGCAUCGCUUCAAACAACAUCUGGAAGCAUAGAAGGAGGCACAGUUAUGGUGGUCCAAGGAAAUGGAUUUGAACCUCUUAGCACUACGGUGUUAGUUGGAGGAAUUCCGUGCCCAAUUAUCUCAGUGGUUCCCGGGGAAAUUCAAUGUCUUACACCACCUACAACAUCCGCACGUACGUCACCAGUCUCCAUCACCGUAAGAUCUACCACUUACCCAGCUCUAAGCUUCUCGUAUUCAGAGACCGAAACGCCUACAGUAACGUCCGUUGUUCCAGAAACAGGGCCAGUGGGAACGUUAAUCACCAUUUCUGGAUCACGUUUUGGUGUGGAUGCCGCACUGGUUUCCGUGACUAUCGGUGGCGCCGUAUGUAACAUAAGCAGCGUCUCAGACGACCAGCUUCAGUGUAAUGUUGGAAAUCAUUCGGGAGGAACCUUCUCGGUCAGGCUGCAAAACGAGAAAGGAUUUGCAAGAUCGACUGCGAGUUUUAAAUACGAACUUACAAUGACAAACGUCUCCCCACGUGAAGGCAACUUUGCUGGCGGAUUAAUAAUCACAGUCACGGGGUCCGGUUUCGAUCAGCAGACGUCUAGUGUAUUUGUGUGCAACUCCGAAUGCAAAGUGGACAGAUUAGGAUCAAAUUCCAAUUUCCUCUUAUGUGAAGUUCCACCACAGAACGACACUAACACUACAACAACCUGCGAUGUCCAAGUUGUCAAUGGAAAUGACACGGUCCAAAUAAACAAUUCAUUUUCUUAUUUGUCAACAUUAACUCCUGAGAUAUACGAUGUCAGUCCCAAGAGGGGAGGAACAGCUGGGGGGACCCGACUAACCAUCACGGGGUCCCAGUUCAGCUCCAACGUGUCACUUAUUACCGUGACUAUAGCACAAGCAAAAUGUGAGAUCCAGUCAGUCAACAGCACGCACAUUGUUUGCAUUACAAGCGCCCAAUCCCCUUCACAGAAAGCCAAGGUUAAAGUCCAUAUUGAAGGUCAAGGGUUGGCCAAGAUGAACAACACUGAGUUUUUUUACAUUGAUGUCUGGUCAUCCAAAUAUACAUGGGGAGGAGAAUCGCCACCUGAAGAAGGAUCGCUGGCUGUCAUUACAAAAGGACAAACUAUUUUGUUAGAUCAGAGUACUCCUGUUCUGAAGAUGCUACUAAUACAGGGAGGAACUUUGAUAUUUGAUGAAGCUGAUAUUGAGCUGCAGUCAGAGAAUAUUCUUAUUACAGACGGAGGAGUACUACAGAUUGGGACAGAAACAGAUCCAUUCAAGCACAAAGCAAUCAUCACCCUGCAUGGACAGAUACGCUCACCUGAAUUACCCUUGUAUGGAGCAAAAACAUUAGCUGUGAGAGAAGGAACCCUGGAUCUCCAUGGGCUUCCAGUCCCGGUGACCUGGACUCGUCUGGCACAAACUGCUGAAGCAGGAACAUCUACAAUCAUUUUACAAAAAAGUGUAACGUGGAAAGUUGGUGAUGAAAUUGUUAUAGCAUCAACGGGUCACAGACAUAGCCAAAAAGAAAAUGAAAAAAGGACAAUUAAGUUCAUUUCCCCAGAUGGCACAAACUUGACGCUAACAGAGCCCUUGACCUACAAACAUUUGGGGAUAUCAGUCACUUUACCUGACAACACUAUCUUCGAAGCAAGGGCUGAAGUUGGCCUUCUUACAAGAAACGUUGUUGUGAGAGGAUCCAAUAAUGUGGAAUGGAAUGAUAAAAUCGAAGCUUGUCCAGAUGGAUUUGAUACUGGUGAAUUUGCGACACAAACAUGUUUCCAGGGAAGGUUUGGGGAAGAAAUAGGAAGCGACCAGUUUGGCGGCUGCAUCAUGUUCCAUGCUCCACAACCAAACAAACUCCUGUCCAUUGGAAGAAUAGAAUAUGUUGAGAUAUUCCAUGCUGGACAAGCCUUCCGACUAGGUCGUUAUCCAAUACACUGGCACUUAAUGGGUGAUCUCCAGUUUAAGUCAUAUGUGCGUGGAUGUGGAAUUCAUCAGACAUACAACAGAGCGGUCACCAUCCACAACACUCAUCACCUUCUUAUUGAAAAUAAUGUCAUUUAUGACAUUAUGGGGGGAGCAUUUUUCAUUGAAGACGGCAUUGAGCACGGAAAUGUCCUCCAGUACAACUUGGCUGUGUUUGUUCGCCAAAGCACUAGCCUGCUAAACGAUGAUGUCACUCCAGCAGCUUUUUGGGUUACAAAUCCCAAUAACACAAUAAGGCACAACGCAGCAGCUGGGGGUACCCAUUUUGGAUUUUGGUACAGGAUGCACAAUAACCCAGAUGGACCAUCUUACGACCCAUUAGUCUGUCAGAAACGGGUCCCCCUUGGUGAAUUCUAUAACAACACUGUGCAUUCUCAAGGGUGGUUUGGAAUUUGGAUCUUUGAAGAGUACUUCCCUAUGGAAACUGGAAGUUGCUAUUCCACAACACCAAAGCCUGCCAUUUUUAACUCACUGACGACUUGGAAUUGUCAUAAAGGAGCAGAAUGGGUGAAUGGUGGUGCGCUGCAAUUCCACAAUUUCACAAUGAUAAAUAACGAAGAGGCUGGCAUAGAAACCAAGAGGGUAAUUUCAUCAUAUGUUGGCGGAUGGGGAGAGACUACUGGAGCUUUGAUUAAAAAUGCGAUAAUAGUUGGCCAUGUGGAUGAACUUGGUCUUGGAUCCAAUUACUGCACCUCCAGGGGCGUAGUACUUCCAUUUGAUGAAGGAUUAACAGUUUCAUCUGUCAAAUUCAUGAAUUUUGAUCGUCCAAGCUGUGCUGCGAUCGGAGUUACCACCGUUAUUGGACUUUGUGCAGACAGAUGUGGAGGCUGGAGUGCCAGAUUUGGUGGCAUACAGUAUUUUACCUGCCCUAACAAAGCCGGAUUCAGAUGGGAGCACGAAGUCGUGUUAAUCGAUACAGAUGGCACACUUGCAGGGACACCGGGAUAUAAAGUGGUGCCUGAAAGCGGCUUGCUGGAUCCCUUACAAUGUAGGAAAGGGAAAGACUGGAGUGUUGGCUUCCCCGGAUACAUUUGCAACGCUACUGUCAGUUUUCAUCGACUGGCCUUUAACAACCCACAACCUUCCUCCCUUGCUGGAAAGGAUGUCAUCAUUUCAAACGCAUUCGGAGUCAGCGUCAUUCCUUACCUGGCAAAACGUUUGACUCAUAAACCCGGAUGGAUGGCUUUGUUACCAAACGCUAAUUCUUUCAACUGGCAUUUUAAGGAUGUUGAUUUUGUCACUAACAUCUCCUACGCCUCUACUUUUUACGGUUUUAAGAGUGAAGACUAUGUGUUUAUAUCGCACAAUUUUACCCAGAGACCGGACAUGUUUAACAUUAUUGAUAAAAGGAAUAGCUCUCAGAGUGAACUGAGCUAUAGCAGCAACAGUAAUGGCGACUGGUUCUUUAACAACAACACAACUACACUAACAUAUCUUGUGUCUGGGAAAAAGAAAGUCCAAAGGCGUGCUAUUGCAGGAACGUUGGAUACCACCAUGUCCAAUAUUAAUGUUAAGUUGCAGGUUUACCAGUGCUACUUCAAGGACUGCAUCGCUCCUCCGCCUUCAACUACAACACCUGCCAGACCCUCUAAUUACGACCAAUGGUCCAACAGUUCCUUCUGGCAAUCAUCAAAAGAAAACGAUUACACUGUCCCAAAAGACGGAUCGAAUGUUGUGAUCCCAGCAGACAAAUGGGUGGUAGCUGAUGUGGAUUUGCCAUCAUUAGAAAGACUAACUAUUUAUGGAGUCUUGGAGCUGAGAAACCUCACAAACAUGAACAUGACAGCUACAUAUAAGACAACUAUACUCAGUGCUACGUACAUAUCCAUACAGGGUGGAGCAUUAAUAGCGGGAAAGGAGAAUGAUCCUUUCCAGGGUGAAUUACAUAUAAUACUGAAGGGAAACCAUUCAACCCCUGAAAUGCCAUUGCGAGAUGGACCAAACCAAGGAUCAAAAGUGCUUGGGGUGUUUGGGCAUCUGGAUCUCCAUGGAAUUCCUCGAUCGGUCUAUAAAACCAAGCUAGCCAACACCACACUAGCGGGAUCCCCAUACAUCACAUUGGUGGAUGCUGUGGACUGGCAGGUAGGAGAAGAUAUCCUCAUCACAACCACCAGCUAUGAUGCCUGGCAGACAGAAACCAGAAAGAUCAUUGCUAUUUCAGGGGAUAAAACAAACCUCACCUUAAAUGCCUCACUUACAUUCACUCACACUGGGGAAACAUAUCAGGUGCCGAAUACAAACAGGACUUAUACGUUGGCAGCUGAUGUCGCUUUACUAAGCAGAAACAUUAAAAUAAUUGGCCAAGAUUACCCUGGAUGGUACAAAGAGUCGUUUGGAGCUCGUGUGCUCGUCAGUUCAUUUUUUGCAAAUAAUAAGGAAUAUAAAGGAAGUGCAAGGAUUGAUAAUGUGGAAUUUUACCACAGUGGACAGCUGGCCUACUCAGAUCCAACAGAUCCUCGUUAUUCCAUAGCGUUCCUCAAUCUGGGAGAGGUUGCUGAAAACACAUCGUACGUCAGAGGCUGUUCUUUCCAUAAUGGGUUUGCUCCGGCAAUAGGAGUUUUUGCCACCAAUGGACUGGAUCUUGAUGACAACAUCGUACAUUUCGCAGUGGGAGAUGGUAUCAAGGUAUGGGGAGAACGUAUUAGAGUGAGAAGGAAUCUCGUGGCUCUUGCGGUGUGGCCUGGAUCAUAUCAGGACCGAGAGGAACCAAACAAUAUCAUUUGGAAUGCUGGAAUAGAGAUCAAUAAAGGCAGCGACAUUGUACUACAGAAUAACGUGGUUGCCGGUUUUGAAAGAAUUGGUUAUCGUAUUGAUGGUGAACCCUGCCCAGGUGCGAAUAAUGCCAACGAAGAAUGGUUUAAUAACGAAGCACAUGGGGGGUUAUAUGGUGUGUAUAUGAACGAAGAUGGUCUGUCUGGAUGUUCACUCAUAAGAAGGUUUCAUCUGUGGAAGUGCUGGGAUUAUGGCAUUUACACUCAGACAAUCGACCGCGUGGAGAUUUCCGAAGUGGUUCUGGCAGACAACGGAAUGGGAAUAUUUCCCAUCAUAUUCAGCCCAGCGGCAACGUCUCACCAGACAUCUAACAAAACAGUUAAAAUCUCAAAUUCUCUGCUUGUUGGAAGCAGCCCCAAAUUUGAUUGCAAAGACGUUCUUAAUGGCAGUGAUGUCAACAUAAAGCUGACUCUUCAACACCGCAGCUCCAGGCCCUUACCAGGUGGAAGAAGUGGAAUUUGCUGGCCAACUUUCGCCUCUGCUCAAAACGGAGCGCCACUAAAGCCUCAUGCAGGCAUAAUGAGCUAUAACGCAAUCAGCGGCUUAAUGACUGUGCAAGACACAACCUUUGUGGGGUAUAAAAGCGUAUGCUCCGGAGAAACCAAUGUGAUGUUCAUGACAAAUCCACUCAAUGAAGACUUACAGCAUCCGAUACAUGUCUCCAGGAUACAAAUCUCUGACAGUUCAGACAAUCAGAAAGUGUUUAUUCAUAGGCCGGAUGUGUCGAAAGCGAACCCAUCUGACUGUGUGGACAUGGACUGUGAUGCAAAGAAGAAAUCGCUUCUAAAAGAUCUAGAUGGCUCUUUCCUCGGGAGCAAAGGCGCUAUUAUCCCUCAGUCGGAAUAUCAGUGGGAUGGAGAGCCAAGCCACGGACUUGGUGACUAUCGCAUCCCUAAAGUGAUGCUGACCCGCCUCAAUGGAAGCCGUAUUCCGGUCUCAGAGGUGGCGCCAUACAAAGGCAUAAUUAGAGACUCCACGUGUGCAUAUAUGUCAGCCUGGGGGAGUUACAGAUGCAAUGGAUUAAAUUAUGAAAUGCUGGUGAUUGAGAGCCUGGAUGCCGACACAGAGACAAGACGACUUUCACCCGUAGCUGUGUUAGGUGAUGGAUAUGUAGACCUUAUUAAUGGGCCCCAAGACCACGGAUGGUGCUCUGGAUACACUUGUCAGAGGAGAGUCUCAUUGUUUCACUCUAUAGUAGCAACAAAUAAAUCCUACGACAUUUUCUUUACCAGCAGCAGCCCUCAGAACCUUCGACUUAUCCUACUGAACACCGACAGUACGAAGGCUGUCCGAGUAGGAAUUUUUUUCUCUAAUCCUCAACGUCUGGAUGUGUAUGCGAAUGGUACAUAUGUGUACCCAUCUAAUGCAGAAUUUAAAGGCAAUGGAAAGGAUUUUACCUUAAAGCCACCAAUCUAUGAAGGGCAAUACUUGCCUAAGCUCAAUUCCACUACUUCAGGAGAAAACUAUUUUGAUAAUGAUUAUAAAAUGCUUUACAUCUUGGUCAGAGGAUCAACACCCAUUGGGAUCUAUACAUCUCCUCUGAUUGUCAUCGCCUUUAAUAUACCUGCAAUGACAGUGGAUCAGUUCUACGGAGAAAACCUCGUAAAGAAUCUUGCCAUUUUCCUGAAGAUCCCAGCAAGCAAAAUCCGCAUUACAAAAAUUGUGCAAGAAGGAAGUCGCAAGAGAAGAGCUGCGGGGGGUCUCACUGUCUCAGUUGAAAUUGCAGAUACACCUUCUGAACAGAGAGACACUACAAAUACCACAGGUGGAUUGACAUACUCUGAUUUUCAGUCAAUGAGUAAAAACCUAGCAGCAGCUGCAAUUAGUGGAAGUCUAAGUUCCCACCUGAAUGUUACAAUUUCUUCCUUGGCGAUUUCUGACCCAGUUCCCUCCCCAUCUGAUCCUGGCUGGAGCGAGAUGGCAUCACAGACUGUAAACAGAACCCAGCCUUCAUCUGGAAAUUAUUUAGCCACUGUAUCUUCACUUAAAGUGGUCCGUGAGCCUAUUGCUGGAAUACUUGGCCAAAUCUUUACCCAGCAACCAGCAGUGAUGGCACUGGAUUCUAAUGGAAAUUGUGUCUCUGUAAGUACAAGCUCACUGUCACUGACUGCCAAGCUCAAAGAUGCCAGUAACAACUAUGUUAGUGGUGGAUUAGGGGGAAACGUCACAAUAAAGUUCAGCAGCUGUUGGGCCAACUACACGGAUCUGGCUCUCAAAUUACCAGGCAAGGGUUACAUUCUUGAAUUUGUGCUGAACAAUGUCUAUGCACAGACGAAAUCAUUUAGCGUGAAAGAAGUCACGUCCACAACUACAAGCCCUAACCCUCCGAAUCAAGGAAACUCCAAUACAGCCAUCCACAGCAGUUUCCAAAUACUUCUGAUUCUAGCUCUUCAUUUAACUAUCCUUAACCUCUUUAUGGACAUACAAUGAAAAAUGCAAUGCACUGAAAGACCAGUCGUACCAAGGAAAAAUGCCUCAACCCAAAGAAAAAACAGAAGGAUGUAUUGCAAAAAAUGAAAAGUCUGAUGUAGUUGA